AACUUGGCUCCAUAUCACUUAUCACUCCCUCUCGUUUUCUUUGAUCUUUCCCCUCUCUCUCUCUCGAGGGUUUUUUCUUUUUCUUUUCUUUUUUUUUCUUUCUUUCUUUUUUCUUUUUUUUUUUAAUUUCCUUUUUUUCUUUUAAUUUCGAAACCCUAGCUCUUAAUUUUAUUUUUGAUUGGAAGAUGAUGCAACAGCAGAGGCUAAAACAACAGGCCAUGAUGCAGUAUCUUCAUCCUGCUCUCCUAGCUGCUCCCCAGAUAGAGCCUAUCUUGAGUGGAAAUCUGCCUCCUGGCUUUGAUUCAAGUACUUGCCGCAGUGUGUAUGUAGGAAACAUCCACCCACAAGUUACAGAUCCCCUUCUUCAAGAGGUUUUCUCAAACACUGGACCUAUUGAAGGAUGCAAGCUCAUUCGGAAAGAUAAGUCAUCCUAUGCCUUUGUGGAUUACUUUGAUCGCAGAUCUGCCGCUCUUUCCAUUGUGACCCUUAAUGGAAGGCAUCUGUUUGGGCAGCCUAUUAAAGUUAAUUGGGCUUAUGCUAGUAGUCAGAGAGAGGAUACAUCAGGUCAUUAUAAUAUCUUUGUUGGUGAUCUUAGCCCUGAAGUUACAGACGCUACAUUGUAUGCAUGUUUCUCUGCCUAUCCUAGUUGUUCAGAUGCAAGGGUUAUGUGGGACCAGAAGACUGGUCGUUCUAGAGGAUUUGGAUUUGUUUCUUUCAGGAAUCAGCAGGAGGCUCAAAAUGCAAUUAAUGACUUAAAUGGAAAGUGGCUUGGGAGCAGACAAAUUCGGUGUAAUUGGGCCACCAAAGGUGCCAAUACUAAUGACGACAAGCCAAGUACUGAUGCCAAAAGUAUAGAUCUAACAAAUGGAACAUCAGAAGAUGGUCAGGAAAGGAAUAAUGAUGAUGCCCCAGAGAACAAUCCUCAGUAUACCACAGUUUAUGUUGGCAAUCUUGCUCCUGAGGUUACUUCUGUUGAUCUACAUCGGCAUUUCCAUUUGCUUGGUGCUGGAACUAUUGAAGAUGUGCGGGUGCAACGUGACAAAGGUUUUGGGUUUGUGAGAUACAGCACCCAUGCUGAAGCAGCUCUGGCUAUUCAGAUGGGAAAUGCUCGAAUUAUGUAUGGAAAACCAAUUAAGUGUUCAUGGGGUAGCAAGCCCACUCCACCAGGGACAAGCUCUACCCCUCUUCCCCCGCCAGCUGCUGGACAUAUGCCAAGCCUUUCAGCUGCCGAACUUGCAGUUGCAGCCUACGAACAGCAGAUGGCAUUGAGCAAAUACGGUGCACCGGCCCUUAUGCAUCCACAGGGUCAUCAUGCCCUUAAGCAGGCAGUCAUGGGAAUGGGUACUGUUGGAAGUAGCCAGGCAAUUUAUGAUGGUGGGUUCCAGAAUGCUGCAACAACACAGCAGCUAAUGUACUACCACUAAUGUUGUAUGGAAACUCCCUUAUAGCUUGGCAGGGAGAAAUAAGUGGUUGAAAAUCUUAGAAUUGAGUUGCUUAAGAUAUUUAACUCCUCUGGAAUGUUGCUGUAUCAUGUUAAAUAUUUGGCAUUGUGGUGAGAACCCUGUUUUCAA